ACUUAUAUAGUUUCAAGUGGACUACCUCAUUCUAUAUCCCGUACAUCACAUCUUACGGCCCCUAUUAUGCUGCUUAGUGGUCAUGAUGGUGAAAUCUAUACGGCCAAGUUCAGCUCAGAUGGAAGUUGUUUAGCGUCAGCUGGUUUUGACAUGAUAGUAUUUUUGUGGAACGUUUAUGGCGAGUGUGAAAAUUUUUCUACUUUAAGAGGACAUAUGGGAGCAAUAAUGGAUCUUCAUUUUAGCACUGAUUCUAGCUAUAUUUUCACUGCAUCAACUGAUAAAACAGUUCGUGUUUGGGAUAUGGAUACUGGAUUAUGUAUUCGAAAGAUAAAGGCACACAAGGAUAUCGUCAAUAGUUGUCAUCCUGCUCGUCGUGGGCCCCAACUUAUUGCUAGUGGCUCUGACGACUGCACUGUACUCAUUCAUGACAUCAGAAAACGAGACCCCGUUACCGUCUUGAAAAGUCCUUAUCAAAUUACAGCGGUAACCUUCAAUGACACAGCAGAACAAGUCAUUGGUGGGGGUAUUGAUAAUGACAUUAAGGUCUGGGAUCUAAGACGGAACGAUCUGGCUUAUGUAAUGCGUGGUCACACUGAUACAGUAACGGGGUUGUCAUUAAGUCCACAAGGGACGCAUGUUCUUUCGAAUGCAAUGGAUUGCAGUGCGAAAAUCUGGGAUAUAAGACCGUUUGCACCGGAACAGCGAUGUCUAAAAUCAUUUGCUGGACAUCAGCAUAAUUUUGAAAAGAAUUUAUUGAAAUGUGCUUGGUCGCCAGAUAGUGCGCGUAUUACUUGUGGUUCUAGUGAUCGUUACGUCUAUGUUUGGGAAGUAUUGUCGAGAAGAGUACUGUACAAAUUGCCUGGUCAUCAGGGAUCAGUUAAUGCUACUGAUUUUCAUCCGAAAGAACCAAUAGUGUUAUCAGCUGGAAGCGAUAAGAAAAUUUAUCUUGGGGAAAUUGAAGCUAAUUGA